GAAUGGGAAUGUGCUAAUUAACAUUUUUAUUUCUUUUAUCUCUGUUGCAGCUCAGAAAGCAAACUGCUCUGUUUUCAUACAUUCUGACUGAACAAAAUUCAACAAGUCCAGUCGCUCUCAUUUUCACCUUACUUUAUUGCUCGCUUAAUUCAUACCACUAGUACUAUACUGCAACUGAUUAACAAAAGGUAAAAUGGAAUUCGAUCUACAGAAUCCAUUAACGGGCUUCGAAGAAUACCAUUUCGACGCCGUUUCAGCUCUCUUUGCCAACGAGUCCGAUCACAUGCCGUCGUUUCUCGACUUCAAAUCCACCGAUGUUCGCUUUUCCCUUCGCCGCCAUUCUGUUUUCCUUAUUUCUCAAGUACAAAGUUCUUACAAAUUUGAUGGCUAUAUUGCAUACCUCGCCGUCAAUUACAUUGAUCGUUUUCUCUCCAAACAAGCAGUUCUGGAGAAUAAGCCAUGGAUUGUACGGAUUCUCGUCAUUGUUAGCCUUUCUCUUGCCGCAAAAAUGAGGAACGUCGAUUUACCACUGUCGGAUAUUCAGAGAGACGUAGGUUUAAAUUUUGACGCUCGAUCGAUUCACCGCAUGGAAUCGCUGAUUCUCGAUACUCUCAAGUGGAGGCUAAGAUCCAUCACGCCUUUCUCGUUUCUGCAUUUCUUCAACUCAUUUUUAAAACUCGGCGACUCGUCUCUGACUCGAUCUCUUAAACAACGAGCUUCAGAUAUCAUCUUCAGUACUCAAUACGAAAUUAAGCUUUUUGUGUACAAACCGUCAAUAAUAGCAGCAUCGGCGCUUCUGUGUGCAGCUGAGGAGUUGAUUCCCUUGCAAUAUUCUUCUUGCUUAGCUGCAAUUUCAGAAAGCCAAUACUCAAAUAAAGAACUUAUGAAUGCUUUGGCUGUAAUGCGGGAAAUGCCGAUAGAAGGGAGGGAGUACUAUAGUAAGUUGACGCCAAAAAGUGUUCUGGAGUGUGAACAUACAAGCUCUCAAUGCGAGACUCAGGAUAAGGAAAAUAUCAAAAAGCGGAGAUUGAGCGAUAUAAGGGAUGAUCAAACGUUCCAGAUUUCUCAGGUUCAGUGGUGCUAAGAUAGUAAGACAGUGUACCAGCGUCCCUAUUUUGUUUUCGUUGAUUUUGUUGUCUCGUGCAUAGCAGUUUUGUUCGAGUGGGAACAGAUACGUGGAGGACCUUUGAAUGAAUUGAACUCUAAACUAAAGCAGAGUGUAGAAUUGCAACUAAUUAGAUGCACAAUCUCUAUAGGUUUCACUAUUAGCAUAAUUGUGUAGAGAAAAUUCGCGUAUUUGUGCUUUUAUGUUAUAGACUAUUCAAAGAAUCUUUGUUCUUUGGAAUUGGAGGGGGUGAACAAAGAUAAGGGAGUACUGUGAAGCUGAAUAUUUACAUAAAUUUGUAGUUUUAUGUGCAGUCAGUGCCAAUAGGGAAAAAAAAGGAGGAAGAAGAGAAGCUUCCUGUAUUUAGCUUUGCCACUUUCCAGAGGGGCUAAGAGUGAUGAAUAAUAAUGUCCGAGUGGGGCUUAGAGAGAGGAAACGUUGUUAUUACGCUGAUUUUAGCAAGGUGUUUGAAUUUUGGAAUAAAGACAUAUUGUCAUUAGCUUCUUUGAAAGCAACAGUACGA